GCAGGGACCUGGCUCGCCCCCCGUCCGAGGCCGGACUUCGGGGGCAAAGGCCGUGCGCCGGGGCAGCUGGGCCUCGCGUCCCCGAGCCGAAGAUCCGUGAGUAAAGAGGGAAGUGGGAAAAAGAAACAAACCCACAACACACAACUUCAGAACCCCGCAUCCUGAAAGAAGCAACGGAUCAGGAAAAAAUGGCACCCCCCAGCCUCCUGCUUUGCUUGCUCUCCACAGCGGCUUUCUCUCUGCUGGGUGGAAGCUCCGCGUUCCUGUCCCACCACCGCCUGAAAGGCAGGUUUCAGAGGGACCGAAGGAACAUCCGCCCCAACAUCAUCCUGGUGCUGACAGACGACCAGGACGUGGAGCUCGGUUCCAUGCAGGUGAUGAACAAGACGAGACGCAUCAUGGAGCAGGGCGGGGCCCACUUCAUCAACGCCUUCGUGACCACGCCCAUGUGCUGCCCCUCGCGCUCCUCCAUCCUCACGGGCAAGUACGUCCACAACCACAACACCUACACCAACAACGAGAACUGCUCGUCGCCCUCCUGGCAGGCGCAGCACGAGGGCCGCACCUUUGCCGUGUACCUCAACAGCACGGGCUACCGGACAGCUUUCUUUGGGAAGUACCUUAAUGAGUACAAUGGCUCCUACGUGCCCCCUGGCUGGAAGGAGUGGGUCGGACUCCUUAAAAACUCCCGCUUCUAUAACUACACGCUCUGUCGGAACGGGGUGAAGGAGAAGCAUGGCUUCGACUACUCCAAGGAUUACCUCACUGACCUCAUCACCAAUGACAGCGUGAGCUUCUUCCGCACGUCCAAGAAGAUGUACCCUCACAGGCCAGUCCUGAUGGUCAUCAGCCACGCAGCCCCCCAUGGCCCCGAAGACUCAGCCCCCCAGUACUCACGCCUCUUCCCCAAUGCGUCCCAGCACAUCACGCCGAGCUACAACUAUGCGCCCAACCCGGACAAGCACUGGAUCAUGCGCUACACGGGGCCCAUGAAGCCCAUCCACAUGGAAUUCACCAACAUGCUGCAGCGGAAGCGCCUGCAGACCCUCAUGUCCGUGGACGACUCCAUGGAGACGAUUUACAAUGUGCUGGUGGAGACAGGCGAGCUGGACAACACCUACAUCGUCUACACCGCCGACCACGGCUACCACAUCGGCCAGUUCGGCCUGGUGAAGGGGAAGUCCAUGCCCUACGAGUUUGACAUCAGGGUUCCCUUCUAUGUGAGGGGCCCCAACGUGGAGGCUGGCUCCUUGAACCCCCACAUCGUCCUCAACAUUGACCUAGCUCCCACCAUCCUGGACAUCGCAGGCCUGGACAUCCCCGCAGACAUGGAUGGGAAGUCCAUCCUCAAGCUCCUGGACACGGAGCGGCCAGCAAACCGGUUCCACUUGAAAAAGAAGAUGAGGGUCUGGCGGGACUCUUUCCUGGUGGAGAGAGGCAAACUGCUCCACAAAAGGGACAGCAGUGACAAGGUGGACGCCCAGGAGGAGAACUUCCUGCCCAAGUACCAGCAUGUGAAAGACUUGUGUCAGCGCGCUGAGUACCAGACAGCCUGUGAGCAGCUGGGACAGAAGUGGCAGUGUGUGGAGGAUGCCACGGGGAAGCUGAAGCUGCACAAGUGCAAAGGGCCCGUGCGGCUCGGCAGUGGCGGCAGCAGAGCCCUCUCCAACCUGGUGCCCACGUACUACGGGCCGGGCAGCGAGGCCUGCACCUGCGACCGCGUGGACUACAAGCUCAGCCUGGCCGGGCGCCGGAAAAACGUCUUCAAGAAGAAGUACAAGGCCAGCUAUGCCCGUAACCGCUCCAUCCGCUCAGUGGCCAUUGAGUUGGAUGGUGAGGUGUACCACAUGGGCCUGGAGGACACAUCUCAGCCUCGCAACCUUAGCAAGCGGCACUGGCCAGGGGUGCCUGAAAACCAUGAUGACAAAGAUGGUGGGGACUUCAGCGGCACCGGAGGCCUUCCAGACUACUUGGCCACCAGCCCCAUUAAAGUAACACACCGGUGCUACAUUCUAGAGAAUGACACGGUCCAGUGUGACCUGGACCUGUACAAGUCCCUGCAGGCCUGGAAAGACCACAAGCUGCACAUCGACCAUGAGAUCGAAACCCUGCAGAACAAAAUUAAGAACCUCAGGGAAGUCCGAGGUCACCUGAAGAAAAAGCGGCCAGAAGAAUGCGACUGCCACAAAAUCAGUUACCACGCCCAGCAGCACAAAGGACGCCUCAAGCACAAAGGCUCCAGUCUGCAUCCUUUCAGGAAGGGUCUGCAGGAGAAGGACAAGGUGUGGCUGCUGCGGGAGCAGAAGCGCAAGAAGAAACUCCGCAAGCUGCUCAAGCGGCUGCAGAACAACGACACGUGCAGCAUGCCAGGCCUCACGUGCUUCACCCACGACAACCAGCACUGGCAGACAGCGCCCCUCUGGACCCUGGGGCCCUUCUGUGCCUGCACCAGCGCCAACAACAAUACAUACUGGUGCAUGCGGACCAUCAACGAGACGCACAAUUUCCUUUUCUGUGAAUUUGCAACCGGCUUCCUAGAGUACUUUGAUCUCAACACAGACCCCUACCAGCUGAUGAAUGCGGUGAACACGCUGGACAGGGAGAUCCUCAAUCAGCUGCACGUCCAGCUUAUGGAGCUAAGGAGUUGCAAGGGUUACAAGCAGUGUAACCCCCGGACCCGAAACAUGGACCUGGGACUUAAAGAUGGAGGAAGCUACGAGCAAUACAGGCAGUUUCAGCGUCGAAAGUGGCCAGAAAUGAAGAGACCUGCUUCCAGAUCACUGGGCCAACUGUGGGAAGGCUGGGAAGGCUAGGCUAAGAAGCACUAAGACGACCUCCAAACCUAAAGGGGCUUCAUGACUAGACAGCGAUGUGCGCUGCUCCGGCAGUGAAAACCACAUGCGAUUUCAAGCAGACCUGUGCUGCUAGCCAGAAGGCCUGAAACAGACAGACCUUGCGCUUUCAGUCAACAUGGCAAAUUCUGGAGGAUAACCAUCGGGAGUAGAGAUACUUCAGAAGUCCAUUUUUGCACCUGCUUUUGCUUUGGAUUAUACCUCACCAGCCGCACAAAACGCAUUUUCAUAUCAAAAAGUCACCACUAACACUAACCCUCUCUGCAAGGCUCAGAAGGGAAAAAGAACAGAAGUAUUUUCUUGGAAAUUUCCCCCAAGGGUGAAAGUCACUGGAUUUUUUUUUUUUAACAUAUGGGAACAACAAUCCUGUUUUAAACCCUCUUAUUCUUCUGGCUCGUCACAAAGGAACUAAGAAACAAGACAGAGGCAACUUGCAGACAGAUGCUGGAAACAGUGAAAAGAUUUUGAUAAUGAAUCAAUAGCACAAAAAAAAAGGGACCAUUUACCUAGCACUACAACCCUGGUUGCCUCUGAAGAACUGGACUUUACUGUACAUAUGUGACCAUUUAAAUGUAACCAACAUGGGAACUUUUAGGGGAAUCUAAUUAAGAAAACCCAAUUUUCUAGAGUGGUGAUGUCAAUAAACGCUCUGUGGCCAGUGUUAAGAACCCCGUGCAGUUGUAGGCAUGUCUGUUCCUGCCCAGAUACCAUUUCUCUCAGUGUUCCUUUGUGAUCUGUCCUGGAACCGAUGUUUUUUAAGGUACUGAAAAGAAAUGGAAUUGAUGUAUGUCCCAAGUUUUAAUGAAAUUUUAUUUGUAAAGAAAUUUUGUAGUUUAAGUAUUGUCAUACAGUGUUCAAAACCCUAGCCAAUGAAGCACCUUCGACAUUUUGUAAAAGGCCAUUCUUAGAGUUAUCUGGUUGGGUUUGGUUUAAGAUAAAGAAUCAUCCAAGGUACUACCAGUGAACACCUUUUUGGAAGGAGCUGCUUUGGGUUUAGAGGGUCUUUUAAAGGGGAAUAAAACAAAACUAAACCAGCUGCCAUUGAGUUGAUCCUGACUCAUGGCAACCCCGUGUGUUUCUGAGCAGAACUGUGCUCCCCAGGGUUUCCAAUGGCUGAAUUUCAAAAGCAGAUUGCCAGCCUUUCUUCUGAGUAGUCUCUGAAUAGACUCGAACCACCAACCUCUCAGUUAGUAGCCGAGCACUUAACCAUUUGCACCACCCAGCGAUUCCUUAAAAGGUGAAUAGAUGGUCAUAAAUUAUUAAUACUUACCAUAUUUCUUACUGAACUAUACCAUACCUCAGAGAUCUCCCAGGCAAGUCUCACAUCACACCAGGUUUAAGACUUCACUUUAAAAAAGUAUUACUACACAAAGCGAGUCACCUCACACAGCCCUUCUUUGUGUAGCAGUCAGAAAUCCAGAAAGGGAAAAUGGGAGCAAUCUCCUACUCCAACCCAUUUCUCAUUUGACGGUUGAUGCAGAGAAUUUCUAAGCACUCAGAUUUUAUUAAAAAGUAUUCCCAUGCUUUUCAAUGCCCCAAAGAGGCCAAGGAUCCAUCCCCAACAAAAAAAAAAUUUGACCUUAUAGAAACACCUAUUGCUAUUCGAAUUAAGCUUAACAGUCUGUUUUACCCUCAAUCUAACAUGAAUUUAAUCAAUAAAAUUAAAAAAAAAAAAAAAGGCAAGCAAGCUCCUAAGUUCCAAUUUUAAAUAGAAACCUUUAUUUACAACGACAUCCAAAACAAUCAGCCAAGCAGUCAUAGCUUACCACCAAACCAUCUCGUAAGUUAUCCCAUGUGGUCUGGAGUCUUUGCAGUGUAAAGAAUGAUUUAAAGACUUUUUUUUUCCCCAAACGCUUAAUGUAAACUUGACUGAAACUGAAUUCAUUCUCAAUACUACACGUCAAUUCCUGAGAAUUUGAAUAUUGCUCUCAGAAUGACAUUUCCAUCUUCUUCAAAAUUCCACAUAUUUGAGAGAGAGAGAAGGAAAAAGAAAACACCCUGCUCGUAAGUAAAUAGUCGCCUUGGGGCUGGAAAACAGCUCUUGCUCCCUUGCUGGGGAAAUUUUCGCCUACCCUAAAGGUUUUGCUCCAAUGAAUCUCCCACUUAUGAACAAAACUCAUGGCUUCUGCAAAUCAAAAGGGAACUGGACAGGCAUAUGGGUAACAGGCAAUCCAAUUCUGUUUACUUUCCAGCUGAAGAUAUUUCUGGAUUAAACAAAUUCUAGGGCAGCAAGCCAAUUAUCUCCUGUAGACCCCUACCCUACAUACCCCCGACUCACCUCAGAUAUUAAAUACUGAUGAACUACUUAGUCCUGUUUACGGAUAUUUACACCUGUCAGUCCAGAUGCACAGUUUAGGAAAGUGUCACCAUAACAUGAACAUUAACAACGCAAUUUCCAUUUGUUUUUUCAAGGAAGAAACAUGUAUCUCCUUUAUAUCAUUUUGAUCUUUAUAAAAUAUAUAUAUUAUAUACUUAUAUAUCUUUGGAUUCAGCAAAAGUAAGUACUGGAAAUAUUCCACAUUCUAAAAGCAAAUGGAAAGAUUACUUAAACUGUUCACCCAACAGAUACGAAGGUUUAGAAAAAUGAGAGGAGUGGGAGGGGAGGUAGGCAGUGGAAGUACAAAAACAAUUAUUCAAAAAGGUAAAAGGGCAAUAAAAGUAAAAACAACAAAUUACCUCAAAGACUGCAUCUAUUAAAAGAAAGGCAAAAUCUUAAGUGUACACCAAUAAAAUGAACAAGUAGAAAAUAUAAAAACUUAUCCUAAACUUUGUUUCUGUCCAUAUAAAAGGGGUGCUGCCUUCCAGUUAGCCUGGAGUCAGGAUUGAGGAAAAGAAUCACAAAAUUUUGGGGGGUUUCUUUUGUUUGCUUGUUUGUUUUUAAUAAUUUUUAAAAGUCAAGAAAGGUAAGAGCACCAUUCUAUCUCUCCCCACACAUGACUUAAACAAGGAAGGUUCAGACACACACGACACAGCUGUGUCUAAAAAGACAGAGACUCUUACUCAUCUAUGUAUGCCUCUAUCUUCAAACAAAGGGCAGAAUAUGGUAUCUGAAAAGUACAGGCCACCAUGAUAGAAGUUUAUGGAGUUACAAUCUUAAAUUUAUUUUUGACCUUGAGGGCAGGGAGGGGUAGAAGUGGCAAACUCAUAAUUGUAUACACACUGUUGAGAAAAUAAAAUCCAUGUGAAAACUUGGUGGUGGUUCUGAAAAUACCAGGUUUCACUUAAUCAAGUCAAAGAAAUUCAAUGAUCUUACCUUCAGAGACAUCUAGAAAUACUGGCUAAACAUGUUUGAAAUUGAAAAAAAAAAAAAAAAAAUCAACUGGCUCUCAAUUAUUGCUAGGAAACGACACCAAGGCUGGCACAGACGUUUGAAAUCCAUAGAUAUUCCAAAAUCCCAAUUUCGUUCAACUGUUUGAACCACAUAAGUAACCCAGAUAUAGGGAAUUAAACCUGAUUUUUUUUCUCCCUACUCUCAACUGGCAACUAUAGGUGCCAAGCAGUAGCAAUAGCAGAAAAGUGUCAGGGAGCAGAAAAGGAGGGUGCAAGGGCACCCAGUCAGACUGGCUGAUUUGGGGACUAAGCUCUGUGGGAAAUAACAAUGACAUGAUUCUAUCCCACAGGGACAUAGUGCAAGUAUCACAACAGCAGAAUGACAAGACAGCUGGACAGACGCUGGAAGCCGCACAUGAAGGAGUCUACUUGAGAUCUCAAUGUGGGCAAGAUCUCAAUGCGGGAUUCAGGUCGUAACAACCAAAACCUUAAAGCACUCCUAAAAUGAUGAAAAGGCAACAUAUUCAAUUUAAAAAAAACUGUGAAUUGCUAUCACUUAAUUUACGGAUCAUCUAAAAUCCAAAAGAAUUUUUUUUUAAUCAAUUUUUUUUUUUAAACUCCUGAUACCUUUUUUAAAAAGUUUAUCUACCCAUCUCUAGUCUUUCCCCCAAAAUUAACAAAGUGCUUAGUUAUGGCAGAGGCAUUAGAAAGAAAAAAAAUGCAACUGCAGACAUCUAAACAACUGAUCUCCUCCAAAAACAUUUAGGUUUAGAAUAAGAGACUGAGAAGAGCGAGGCAUCUGAGGCUGGGAAAGGACACGUUGUGGAUCACUGUCCCCUCCCCAGGUGGCUGAGGGGCUGUCUCUCGUUUGUAACCUCACCACGCUGAGCUUACUGAAAUCAACAAUGUUAAAUAUUUUGCUUCACAAACUCUGCAAAAAUGAGUUGUUGUGACCUACAAAAAGAGGUAUAUACAUAUUUUACAUGAUACAAUAUCUUAAAGGUCCUAUUUACACAGAAAAUCUAUUCACAGAAACACUGCGAAAUUCUGAUUCAGAAUGCAGUACCUGGCCUUGGGUUUGCUGAAGUUUAUUUUCAAAAAGCAUUAUUGCUCUACCAUAUAGGCAAAGGGUGACACCAGUACUUUCAAAACAAAUCACAAUUCUUGUCCAACAGUUUCGUUUAGACAAAAAACCAGGAAUGUGGUUUCGCCAUUCCUCAAGACCUCACAAAUAUUGCAUUUAUCCAUUGCUUUUUUUAAAUAAAGUGCACUCGGCUGCACAUGAGCAUGUGAAAAAACUGCUACUGCUGCAAUUAAAUACUGUCAGCUCAUUUCUCCCUUCUGCAAAGCCACUUGGCAUCAGUGACAAUUCCUGGAGGUGAAGUAUUACAGGAUAUUAGGAGCAAAUGAAAAUUCUAGUUAGGAGAAAGCCAGGGACUGAGCGACUCAACAGUAUAAUUAAAAGAACUCAGAAAUGCCACUUCCACUAGGACAAAGGCCAACAUGACAGAAACUGCCUGGUCGUGACAAGACUUGAGGCUGUGCUCUUUGUCCAACACUGCAACUAGAGAACACAGAUGGUUUCAUCGCUCUUGGCUUCUCCAAUUUCUCUGGCCCACCAUUACUUCUGACAGACUGGGUAACAAGGCAGAAAGAAGUGACAACGGGAGGCUUUCACAAUCAGGAAUACUCCGUAUCUCCAGAAUCACAUCCCUAGGAGGCAGAAUCUCAAAAAGUAUUUGUCUGUUUUCAACACCAUGAUACACAGAGGGGGAAAAAAAAAAAAAAUCAGGUAGAUAUUGCACUUCAGCUUAAAAUCCAGCCCUGUUCAAA